UCACAGGGGGUGUCUGUAGCGUUAAUCGCUGUUUAGCGAAGUAUGGUAGCUAGUUUGUCUUGCUUCUGCAGUUCAUUGGAGAGAGGAGAUUGGGGAGUUGGAUAUUCAGUUCUCUCUCCAGAAGCAACAUUAAUUUAGGAUAACUGAGUAUAUCAGAUCACUACAAAUGGAGAAAGAGGGUGGAGGGUUGUUUGUUGGUGAUGUCAUUACAAUGUGAUAUCAUUAGAAAAGUAUCAUAAUGUAAUGUUGUCACAGUGCUAUGACAUCAGCUGAGCUCUCAAGAACCACGCCUGAUGCUAGGAAUGGGUUGUGCUGUGUGAGAGUGUCUGCCAUCCAGGGUUUACAGGAAGGACUCAGGAUUACUCAUUUAUUAUAGAUUACCUCUUUGAGUGCACCCUUUACUCGCUCUCUCUCUCUCUCUGUGAUUACUCGUCUGUGUUGUAGGUCAGCUGGCGUCCUUUGCUUCUGUACACAAUGAGAGAAUUUGACAUAAAACUCCUAUCGCUGAAGAGCAAGCUUUGAGAGCCAUCAGAGGUGACACAAUUUAUUAUUAAUGUUAGUAAGCCGAUGAUGUAAGAGGGAGAAGCUAUGAGAUGUGUUAUUGAAGCUUGCUUGCUAAUGCAUGCAGUGGAAGGCUCUCUCUGCACUCAGAGGGGAAAAUCAAUGUGUUCUCUACUCCCGGCCCAGUAGUGUUGUCUGGGAGAGGGUGGAGACAAUGGGACGGCUGCUCUGCUCUGAGUGAUGGUCUCUUACCUCACCUCUGGGCGCUGUCUCUGGCUGAACACUGGACGCAAGGACGUCCAAGGAGGGAGGAAGGGACGGGAGACGAGCGGACCCUGCCUGCUGCUGGAGACUGGCUGCAUCAUGCCGCACCCUGUGUCACUGUGACGUUUACUAAUUUUCUCAGGAUCUCUGAAAGCAUUCUGUACUUAGCCUCCUCCUCACGCUUUGUGCACUGAAAUGGAGGAGUCUCAGAGCUGGUGUGUUUCUACUGCAUCGUCUGCCAUGGCAUCCCCCAUUGGUACCCUAGAGAAUAAUCUGCACAGCGCCCAGAAGAACCUGCUCUUCCUCCAGCAGGACCAUGCCAAGACACUGAAAGGUCUACAUGCAGAGAUCCGCAGACUACAACAGCACUGUACAGACUUGACAUAUGAGCUGACAGUGAGAAGUUCAGAUCCAACAGACAGCAGUGAGGCGCGCUGCAGGGAGCUACACAGUAAGUGUGAGGAGCUUGAGGCUCAGCUAAAAGUGAAGGAGGAGGAGAACACUGAGCUGCUGAGGGACCUGGAGCAGAAGAAUGCCAUGAUCUCUGUCCUAGAGAACACCAUCAAGGAAAGGGAGAAGAAGUACCUGGAGGAGCUGAAGAUGAAGAGCCACAAGCUGGCUGUCCUGUCUGGAGAGCUGGAGCAGAGAGCCAGCACCAUCGCCUACCUCACCUCUCAGCUCCACGCCACCAAGAAAAAGCUCCUGGCAGGCAGCUCCUCCGAGGCCAGCCCCAACGUCAGCCCUGUGAGCUCCUACAAGCCCACCCCUCCCAAAGCCAAGGACCGCCAGUCUGGCCCUGAGACCCCUCUGCGCCGCAUGAAGAAGAGCCUGUCUCAGCCGCUGCACUCUGAGUUAACCGAGCUGUACCGGCUGGGUUCUGAUGGUAGGAGGAUGGUCCUACGGGAGGUGGUGGACGCCAUGCCCGACCCCACCCCCUUUCUGCAGGCAGCUCGAGACACGCCUGAUCUACAGAUGGUACGAGACCGCCCUGCCGUCAUCCCCCCCAUCGCCUGUGAUCGCUCAUCCAGCCCCCGCCACAGCCCGGCACGGGACCGUCAGCACCGGGCACACGUGGGCGUGGCACACCGCAUCCACCACAGCACCCCUCCACUAGCGCUGUCUCAGCCAGAGGUGGAGAUGCUGGCCGUGGACCAGGUCAAUGGGGACAAGGUGGUGAGGAAGCGAUCCGGGGCGGACAGAACAGUUUAACACACAACAAGAGCGGGAAGGAGCAUCACCUACUCUAUAAUCAGCUGCUUUUUAUGCAAUUCUGCAACAAGCAAAAGAAAGUAAAAUGGAAAACAGACAAAAAAGAAAAAUGUCACUUUUGUUCAUGGUCCUCCUUCAAAAAACGUUUUUAAUAUGUAGAAACGGACUACUGUAAGCAUGCCAAAUGUUUUGUUUUGAAACCCAUGUGACUUACACAUCCUGUCCUUUUUGCAUUGUCUCUCAUCUCACUCCAUCUUACAUUGUGCACAUAAACUUCUCCGCCAAACAUCUGCAUUAUUGCCUGCUUACCUGGUGAAUGCAAUACAUAUCGUCAUAGUUACUACUACAGUUAAGUUAUCCAUACUUCAUCUGGUCAGCAAUACUGUCCAGUCAGAUAAACAAGCUAUAUAAAGUCUGCAGCUACUUAUAUGUUAUCGAAGUUAACUUAUGAAACUAAUACUCCCUGAAUGUUUUUCAUCUUGUGAUGUCAAUACAUUAACAGAAACAAAUCACACAAAUGAAUUGGUAAUUGUCUAGUUAUCACACAAACGAAUUGGUUACAUGUCAUGGGCAUUUCUAAGACAUAAUCUACACAGAACUGUCACAGAACUGUGUCCGUGAUAUCUGUAAAUAUGUGAUGGAUUUUUUUAUUUAUUGUUUGUUUUACUUUUAAUAUAGAAAAUACAUCUCAAGUGUCAAAAAGUGGCAUAAUCACUUAUUGUCAUGCUUCUCACAUCACACUUACUCGUCCUUGAAUACUAUGUAUAUGACAAUAUAAUAAAGCAGUCUUUUUUUGUUA